UUUUCAGCUCGUUCUUACAUCUUUGCAUUAGAUAUCUAUCUAUCUUGUUUUAUUACAGAAAAUUUGAAUCUUGCUGCCUGUGGCUUCGACUAGUUUUAAUCUAGAUCGUGGGCUUGAACGCAGUGGCGUGCGAAUGGGCUUCUUUACGAAGGUCUCUCUCUUUCUCGAUCACCGGUAAUAUUCCAUUUGAUCCCUUCCCUGGCUCAGAGGACCCUGGUUGUCUCGUUCUUGUACUGUGCUCUGGUUGUACAGUUGAAGUCAGCUCCUUUUAGCUUGAGAGCCAGCCACAGUCGAUGAUUAUAUCAUUAAACGGCAAUUAUGCCCACUAGGCCACCUAGCAACGCGAAUCGCAGCACACCUGUGCUCUCUACGCCAUUCGGCUUCUCAAAUCUUAUCUUCGCAGCCGAGGAUGACUCGGUUCUACGUGAGAUCACUGAACAGGAGUUGCUGUUGUCGAGGCGAAAACGACCGCAUCAGAAAUCGAGGAACGGUUGCCUAUGCUGCAAACACCGUCGAGUCAAGUGUGAUGAAACCUUUCCCUCAUGCUCGAACUGUGUCAAGCGAGGCGACAAGUGCAAAUGGCCAAGUCACCCCCAGCAACGUGUUCGGGUGCGCUCUAAAUCCCCGCCUGGAGUGGCUUCAAUAGGAAGAAAUCUUCCUGGAUGCGCUUUUCCGAGUGUCAAUUUACUACAUAUGAAGCUAUUCCAUCAUUUCGGAUCUACGACUUGUAAGACGCUUGUUUUCAAGGAGGUGUGGGAGGGGGGCCUCAGACUGUCAUUUGAAAAUGAGCAUUUGAUGCACUCGAUUCUUUUCGUUGCGGCUAGACAUCUCUCUUUGUUGUCGCCUAAUGAGACAGCCUAUUCCACUGCAGCACUGUCACAUUUAUCCCAGGCCUCCCGCCUGUAUCGAGAAGCUCUUUCCAAACCGUUCACCGAGUCAAACGUCGAUGCUAUCCUCUGCACUGCAGUCCUUCUUUACUACGACGCAUGGACGAACAUGGACUUCAUGCCUGCCGAUGCCGAUGCCGAUUCUCCCGCUCCAUUCCCUGACCUUUCCAAAGACCACCUCUUUACUUUCAGUGGGGGUAUGCUGCAGAUAUUCAUGAAGGCUGUUCCCCUCUUGACAUACAACCAGUCUCCUUUCAUAAAAGGGAUUAUUCAUUCCCCUAGCAGAUCCAUCCAAGAAGUGCUAUCAACGUCGCAUGUUAAUUUGACGAAAUACCAAACUUUUCUGGCGGAAUGGUAUGACCGUCCUGUGGAACGCAGAGCUUUAGAACUUCCGAAGCUUUCCUUAUCUGAAAUAUCAGACGAUGGUGCCUGGGUGUCUCCCCCUCAGGACUAUCAGAAUACAGAUGAUCCGCAACAAGCCCAUAUGUGGGUCAUUUGUCGACUCUCUGUGCUACUCGUUCUCCUAGAACAUGUCUGUGGAGACUCGGGUUUCUCUUUAAUAGACCAUCCUGAUCUCCUCGAAAAUCUUUCCAGACUAAUCUUCACAUUUCCAAUUUUCUGCCAUGCACCUUACAUUCGAAGACUUGGUGAGAUUAAUUCUGGGUCGUUGCUUCUCAUGUACCACUUCUACCGCGCGGCUAGGAUGCUAUUGGCACCCUAUAAGCAAUGUUGGUGGGCUACUAAUAGAGCAACUGUACUGGAGAAGGUCUUGGAGAAAGCAUUACUUGGUUAAAAAAAUACUUUAGAAUGGGCAUGUAUAAAACUGUGUAAUUUGGCUUGAAAUACCUUAAAGUUCCC